CUUCCCCACUCACAGUUUGGCAUCAGAUUGUGCCAGCCCUGAAGACUGCUGCAAUUUACUGCUGAGUCAUCACUUCACCACUGUCACAGAACAUCAUCAUCACUGCUCCUACAGGAAUAUUGCAACAGCAACCUUUUGGUACGAGAAGGGAGAGAGGAUUCGGAGACAUAGGCAGUGGAAGAGCACAGCAUAGUAGGUUCUUUCAGAAAAAGCUAUCUUCUUCAAAGGAAGUGCCCUAGGUUUUGUGAUCACUGGUUUGGAAACAGCAGAAUUAGUGCUCCCCAGGCUUUCACCUCUGCUCACAGGGGAUACUUCCAGAGCACCCAAAGGAUCAAUAUUUGAAGGCAAUGGGAACUAGAAGAGACUUCCGUUGUUUAUCAUGGUGUUGCUGAAGUCUUCUGGGGUUGACAGAUGCCACUGCAGAAGGUUAAUAAGAUGAAGAAAGCUCUUCCAGCUGGACCGUAAGAGGGAUUAUGUCUGAGCAGCAGAUAAACAGAUUAUUCCAGAAACAGACACUGCUUUUUUUUAAAACUUCGUCACUCUUGUCUUACCACUCCAGUCCCCCAGGCUAGAAGUGAGUGUGUUGAAGGGGUCUGCCCAGCUUUUGCAUUCUGGCACCUGUUGCACUCUUCCUAGUUGCAAUUCAAUGCAGUCCAAAGCUGGGGACACCUGAAAAAUAAUAAGACAAAAGACGUUUGGGGAUUUGAGUUCCUUAGGAAAACAGAAUUCUUCUACUUGACUGAAACAUUCUUAUUUCCUGCAUGACUGGUCUUGAAAACUGUGAAUGAUCAAUAGACAGCAUGCAUUUGAAAACUGGAUUAAUAUUUUUGAUCAUUUGCCUUGCUCUCCAAGUUCAGGGAAGCAGAGAAAUCCCUAAUAAAAUAAACCAUGCUGAAGCCAAACAUCUUGCAGACGCCUCAGGGUCAGACAAAACAGAAAGAACAACAAAGAGGUCGAGAGUAUCAACCAUAAGGCGGAUAUUUGACAUGGCAAAACACCGAACAAAGAGGUCAUCCUUCUUCUCCACUGGUGUGAAAGUUUGUCCACAAGAAUCCAUGAAGCAGAUUUUAGCCAGUCACCAAGCUUACUAUAGAUUAAGAGUCUGCCAGGAAGCUGUGUGGGAAGCCUUUCGUAUUUUUCUGGAUCGGAUUCCUGAUACUUCUGAAUAUCAGAACUGGGUUACUGCCUGCCAGAGGGAAACCUUUUGCAUAUUCGACAUUGGCAAAAACUUCAGUAAUUCCCAAGAGCAUCUGGAAAUAAUCCAACGGCGAGUAAAACAUAGAACCUUCCAGGAAAGGAAAGAUGAAAUAUCUGCAGAGAAAAUAGGAGGCAAAAAGGUGGAAGAAAUUCCUUCCAUUUCUACAGGCUCCCCUGGCACACCCCUCUCUCCAUACGCACCUAACGGGACGCUGCUCAAUGAAAUUGUUAACGACACGAAGACUCCUGUGAAGGAGCUGGGAACAAAUGCAGUCCCUGAACUCCCUGUGGAGCAAAUGGUAGAAUUCAGUGUAACUCUCACUGAUCAGGAGUACACACCUGAACUUAGUGAUCCCAACUCCCCAGAGUACCAACAACUAGCUGCCAAAUUUCAGCAACAGAUGAAAAGAAUAUUUGAGAAACUUCCAGGAUUCAAAGAAAUCCGCGUAUUAGGAUUUAAACAGAAGAAGGAGAAAGAUGGAUCAAGCAGCACUAUAGCACGGUACGUGGUGAACUUUGAGAGAGAUGGCUCAGAAAUCAAAAGCACAGCAGAUGACAUCUCAACUAUUGGAUCUAAUAAGGUUGAAAGUGAAAAAAUUCCAGUUUCUCCAGUUGAAGAGAGGGAAAUAACAGGAACUAAACUCACAGUAACAGACCUGCAGCAACUGGUUGCCAUUGCACUCCAUGAAGACCGUUCCCUGCCACUGGACCUCGGAACACUUCAGUUUACUGAUGAAUCUAUUAUACCACCUAGUGAUUUUGAUAAUGAUAUCCAAGGCAUGGUCACUAUUCCUCUGGCAGGCCCUGAUUUGGAAGAAUCUAUGAGUGUGGAACUCCCACUAGGUUACCCCAGCCCAGCAACAGUGGACCAAAUAGGAGACACCUUGGUUGAUGAAUUUACAACUGAAAGCCCUGAUCUAAGUGAAGAGAUCAGCAUCUCUGAAGAAUUCAGUAAUUUUAUUACAUCUGAACCUGAGUUCCCUACCAAACCCUCCAGAGAACCAUUCCCGGACAGAUCUCCUCCACACAGAGUUACUGACCUUCAAAGUUUCACAGUGCCUUUCAGUGCUCUGGGGAGCACUAGCAGUCCUCCAAAAUCAGAGGAUUCCAAUUUGCCUCCUCCAGCAGAUGAUUCUGCUGGCAGUGACCUUAUCACCGAUGGCUAUGAGUCUCCAGUGGAGCAGGCUACCACAAUGGCAACUUAUACCACGGGUAGCUUUACCCCACCUAGUCUGCAAGCCAGAGAUGAAGAUAAUGAAGAUGAGGAGAAGGCAGAACUGACUGAUAUAGCAGAACCACCUUUCAAGGAAGCUGACCAAGACAUUCCGCCUGAACAAG